UCCAUAUGUAGCCAUCUUUCAACAUUUCCAACAUUUUCUGCUCCCAAAUUGAAUUCAAAAAACUUCUCUUCGUCACCAAUUGAGAGCCCAAAUGGCAGCUUCUCACUAUGAUUUCAUUAUAGUAGGAGCCGGUAUCGCAGGUUGUGUACUUGGAUCUCGUCUCCACGCAAAAUACCCAGAUCGCAUGAUUCUGCUGAUUGAAGCGGGUCAAGAUGUUAGCAAGCAUCCAUUGAUGGUGAACUCGGCGCCCGUUCCGCAUUUGCAAGGCAGUGAUUUGGAUUGGGCGUUCAAAACGACACCACAAGUCGGGUUGGGUGGGAAAGUAUGCGCCGCUGCGGCUGGGAAGGCUGUUGGUGGAGGAUCGGCUAUUAAUGCUUGUGGCUGGCUACGCGGUGAUAGAAACGACUACGAUGAAUGGGGCUCCCUAGUCAAAGACCCUCAUUGGUCAUACGCCGGGUUCCUGCCGUACUUCAUCAAAACCGAAACUCAUCACACAACCUCAGCCUCUUCAUCCGAGCACGGCUUCUCGGGUCCAAUGUACACUUCUACUUGGAACCCUUCUUCAAGCCCUCCCUUCCCGUUACGAGAACUCGUCAAGAAAGCAUGGGAAGGUGAAGGAGUCAAGGAAGUCUUAGACGGGAACGCAGGAAGUCCCUUGGGAAUCUCAGGCUUGACGGAAAACAGGAGGAAUGGGAGGCGUCAGCUUGCGUCUGAGGUUUAUCCUUUAGAUGGCGUUGAGCUUCUUACUGGUAUUCUCGCCAAGAGGGUCAUCCUCUCUAAAUCCCCAGAUGAGAAAGUCACCGCAACAGGAAUCGAGACAGUCGACGGAAAGAUCUGCCAAGGAAAAGAAAUCAUCAUCUCCUGUGGCGCCUACCGAACCCCUCAACUCCUGCUCCUCUCUGGCAUCGGACCAAAAUCCGAACUGGAGAAACUUGGAAUCGGAUGCCUCGUCGAUAACCCGGGAGUAGGCAAGAACUUCCACGACCACCUCGGCGUCUCGCAGUGGUGGAAACUGCGCUACCCAGAACGGGGGCUUAGUAUCGGACAUCCUAACUUCAACGACCCUUCAUGGAAAACGAGGAUCCCUCUUGACUACAUCGGUACAACGACCGUCCCGAUGCCUGGGCUGAAACUUGCGCUCGAGAAAGAUCUCAAUAAAAGAGUAGGGGACGAUCAUCCGUUUUUGAAAACCGAAAGAGCGCAUCUAGAGACGUACAUCAUAUACGUAGGCGCCCAUGCAGCGGAUCCAGCGGUGCCGAUGGAUGGAUCGCAUAUUGCGACCAGGGUGGUAGGGUUCUUGCCUACGAGUCGAGGGAGUGUUACGUUGAAGAGUGAUAGGGCGGAAGAUGACCCGGUUGUGGAUCCGGGGUAUUAUACGACGGAGGUUGAUAGAUUUGUGAUGCGGACGGGUAUGAGGGCGUUGGCGAAAAUGUUUGGAGGCGAGGUGGGGAGGGAGAUUGUGGAAGUGGAGACGACGACGGAGGGGUUUGGGGCGGUGGGUGAGGAGAUGAGUGAUGAGGAGGUUGAUAGGAGGAUUGCGAAGGAUGGGGAUACGCUCUACCAUCCUGGUGGAACUGCGGCGAUGGGGACAGUUGUUGAUACAGAUCUGAGGGUCUAUGGUGUUGAGGGUUUAAGAGUCGUGGAUGCGAGUGUCAUACCCGUUCCUCUCGCAGCGCAUUACCAGGCUUGCGUUUACGCAAUUGGACAGAUGGCUGCCGAUAUUAUUUGAACCGAAUAUUUACACGCUAUAAUACAUGAUGUCUUACAAGAUAAGAUUGAACAGACUUAUGAAAGCUGUGACUACCACCAAAUCGUAUGCCAUCCUAGUCUGUCCGUCGGCACCAGAUUUACUCGUCUCAGUCUGCGUUGGAGUUGAGAUAGCUUUCGGGGUGGUAACGCUACCUCUCUUCGAAUUGCAAAUCACCG